GUGCCUUGCUAAUGGACAAUAGGCUUGCUAAGCAUUUUAAAACCAUAAAUGCACACGUGUCAUCGCUUUUUGCACAUAUGUAAAUACGUUAAAGUGUGUUGUAAAACAACCCCCAAAAGCCAGCUGAGUGCGUGUAAGAAAGUUGUGUGUUAGUGUGUGUAUGUGUAUGUGUGCGCGUGGAAAAAACAACCGGCAAUAUAAUUUUGAAAAGAGCAGAAGUCUACUUAGCUCAAUAAAUUGCUAUUUAUGGCCACACGUAAUGUGCGUCUUUAGUGCUGUCGGUUGACUUAUGCAAUUUAGUAUAAAUGUAAAUUAGAUUAAAAGUAGUGGGUGCCCGUCAGUCAAUUGCAACAACAACAGCAAACGCAACAACAAGAGUGCCGCCAUCAAUCGUCGCGUCUGCUGCCGUCUCCUCUCCCGCAAUUGCUAGUCUAACUGUACGCAAACAAUUGAAAGGAACACGUGCGUCAUAUAGCUACGAUGAAGUUACAGCGUUUGCUUGAUCAGGAUUAUCUAACGCAGGAGCAUCUAAAUGGCUUCGACAACUAUAAAUACAGCGCCAUAGAUACCUCACCUCUGAGUCAAUAUGUGAUGCAUCCCUUUUGGAAUUGGCUUGUCAAGUUCUUCCCGCGCUGGUUUGCGCCCAACCUCAUGACCUUUCUGGGCUUCCUGUUUGGUGCAAUGAAUUUAGUGUUGCUCUCCUACUACGACUGGAACUUUGAGGCCAGCUCUGGCGAGGCACAUACCACGCCUAUACCCAGUUGGGUUUGGUUCUGCGCUGCCAUCAAUGUAUUUGUAGCUUACACUUUGGAUGGCAUAGAUGGCAAGCAGGCGCGACGCAUUGGACUCUCCGGUCCAUUGGGCGAGCUCUUCGAUCAUGGCUUGGACUCGUACACAGCCAUGCUGAUACCCACUUGCCUGUAUAGCAUAUUUGGACGCAGUCGCGUCUACUCCGUGCGUCCCUUGCGCAUGUACUAUGUCUGCCUAACGGUCUACUUCAACUUCUUUGUAUCCCAUUGGGAAAAGUACAAUACGGGUGUAUUGUAUCUGCCUUGGGGCUAUGAUCUCAGCAUGUGGGGCAGCACCAUAAUGUAUCUUGUUACCUGCUAUAUGGGCUUUGAGCGCUGGAAGUUUGAACUGCCACUGGGGCCAUUCGGCUCCAUACCCAUGGGCAAUAUUAUGGAAGCAGUGCUACAUAUAAGCGCCAUGGCUAAUUUGCCGCUAGUCGUGCUCAAUGUAUACAACUCAUAUAAACAUAAAACUGGGCGCAUGCUAUCGCUCUGGGAGGCUGUGCGUCCGUUGUGGCCCUUUCUGGCUUUCUUUACCAUCUUGUUAGUCUGGCCUUUUGUUUCGCCCAAUGAUAUUAUGGAAAGGGAUCCACGCGCUAUCUUUAUGCUAAGCGGCACCAUUUUCUCCAAUGUCAGCUGUCGUCUGAUUGUGGCACAAAUGUCGAGCACACGCAGCGACGCGUGGCACUGGCAGACGCCGAUGUUUAUAGGCUCGUUGCUGGUGAGCUUAUGGAUGCCCGUGCUUGAACGCCCGCUGCUCUAUGCGCUGCUCAUAGUUACCACCUUUACACACUGGCACUAUGGCACAAGCGUUGUGAAUCAGAUGUGCAAGCAUUUCAAUCGCGUUUGCUUCACUGUGCACAAGCGCCAGCCGGAACAGGAACAGCAACAUAAGAAGAAGCCGCUUUUGCAGGAGACAGGAAAGCAGGACUAAAGUUUCGUAUGAUUGUGUGUGUGUGUUUAUUUUGUGUAAUUUAGUUGCUGUUUUAGCUUCAAAUAAUUUACAUGUUGUGUUUAUUAAGGAGGCUGUUUAGUUAAAAUCUUCUGUAUGUUGUGAGGUCUAAGAUAUCAUGUGAAAAGCAAAAAUAAUGACAAAAG